AAGAGGAGUAGAAGUUUGCUGGACGGGACAGUUAUACAGCUACACACGUUGUUUCCCCGGCAGUUGGUGACUGAGGAAGCUUGCAGCAUGGCAACCAUGGCGACCACAACAAAAGUGCCAGAAGUUCGAGAUGUCACUAGAAUUGAAAGAAUUGGCGCACAUUCUCACAUUCGAGGUCUUGGUCUGGAUGAUGCAUUGGAGCCUCGACAGGUAUCACAGGGCAUGGUGGGCCAGCUGGCAGCUCGACGGGCAGCUGGUGUUAUUUUGGAGAUGAUUAAAGAGGGAAAAAUAGCUGGCAGAGCAGUUUUGAUUGCUGGACAGCCAGGGACAGGAAAAACGGCCAUUGCUAUGGGUAUGGCUCAAGCUUUGGGUUCAGACACACCGUUUACAGCUAUCGCUGGUAGUGAAAUAUUCUCCCUGGAAAUGAGUAAGACAGAAGCUUUGACUCAGGCUUUCAGACGUUCUAUAGGUGUUAGGAUCAAGGAAGAAACUGAAAUCAUAGAAGGAGAAGUUGUGGAGGUGCAGAUUGACCGACCUGCUACAGGGACAGGUGUAAAAGUUGGAAAACUAACUUUAAAAACCACAGAGAUGGAAACUAUUUAUGAUUUGGGAACAAAGAUGAUUGAAUCUCUGACAAAAGAAAAAGUUCAAGCUGGGGAUGUAAUUACCAUUGAUAAAGCCACUGGAAAGAUCAGUAAAUUGGGUCGCGCGUUCACACGUGCACGGGAUUAUGAUGCCAUGGGAUCCCAGACUAAAUUUGUACAGUGUCCCGAUGGGGAGUUGCAGAAGCGCAAGGAAAUAGUUCAUACUGUGUCACUGCAUGAGAUUGAUGUCAUUAAUAGCCGGACUCAAGGCUUCCUGGCUCUCUUCUCAGGUGAUACAGGAGAGAUUAAAUCAGAAGUGCGUGAGCAGAUCAAUGCCAAAGUUGCAGAAUGGCGUGAGGAAGGAAAAGCUGAGAUAAUCCCAGGAGUGUUGUUCAUUGACGAGGUACACAUGUUAGAUAUUGAAUGCUUUUCUUUUCUCAAUCGGGCAUUGGAGAGUGAUAUGGCCCCUGUCUUAAUUAUGGCUACAAACAGAGGUAUUACUCGAAUUCGUGGCACAAACUAUAAGAGUCCCCAUGGAAUUCCCAUUGAUUUACUGGACCGGUUAUUGAUUAUCUCCACAUCCCCAUAUAAUGAGAAGGAAACCAAACAGAUCCUAAAAAUCAGAUGUGAAGAGGAAGAUGUUGAAAUGAGCGAGGAUGCAUACACUGUACUGACACGUAUUGGUCUAGAGACUUCUCUCAGAUAUUCUAUUCAGCUCAUCAUUGCCGCAAGUCUGGUCUGCAAGAAAAGAAAGGGCAAUGAAGUACAAGUAGAUGACAUCAAACGAGUAUACUCUCUAUUUCUUGACGAGUCUCGUUCAACACAGUAUAUGAAAGAAUAUCAAGAUGCCUUUAUGUUUAAUGAAUUGAAAGGAGAAACCAUGGACACUUCCUGAUAUUAAGCAAAUCUGCUGGCUGAGUUCUGUUGUCCAUUUAAAAACCUUUGUGUUAAAUGCCUUAAUUUGUUUAGAAAACUGCACCCUGAUGAUCCUCCUUUUAUAUAUAAAAAAAUUUCAAAAAGAAA